AUGGCGCUCGCGUCUCUCCCCAAGGUGGUGCUCGGCUCCAUCGCCUUCGCCGUCUUCUGGAUGAUGGCGGUGUUCCCGUCGGUGCCCUUCCUGCCCAUCGGCCGCACGGCGGGCUCGCUGCUCUCCGCCGUGCUCAUGAUCGUCUUCCACGUGAUCAGCCCCGACGACGCCUACGCCUCCAUCGACCUCCCCAUCCUCGGCCUGCUCUUCUCCACCAUGGUCGUCGGUGGCUACCUCAAGAACGCCGGCAUGUUCAAGCACCUCGGCACGCUCCUCGCCUGGAAGAGCCAGGGCGGCCGCGACCUGCUCUGCCGCGUCUGCGUCGUCACCGCGCUGGCCUCGGCGCUCUUCACCAACGACACCUGCUGCGUCGUGCUCACCGAGUUCGUGCUCGAGCUCGCCGCCGAGCGGAACCUCCCGGCCAAGCCCUUCCUCCUGGCCCUCGCCUCCAGCGCCAACAUCGGCUCCAGCGCCACCCCCAUCGGCAACCCGCAGAACCUGGUCAUCGCCUUCAACAGCAAGAUCUCCUUCCCCAGGUUCCUCAUCGGCAUCCUGCCGGCCAUGCUCGCCGGCAUGGCCGUCAACAUGGUCAUGCUGCUCUGCAUGUACUGGAAGGACCUCGAGGGUGUGGCCCCCGACGCGGCCGGCAAGCAGAUGUCGGUCGUCGAGGAGGGCGGCCGCUCGCCGUCCGUGGCGUCGCUCAAGAGCCCGCACCCGUUCAACGGCACCACGGCCGACGACGGCAACGAGUCGAUGAUGGAGGAGAACAUCUCGACCAAGCACCCGUGGUUCAUGCAGUGCACGGAGCACCGACGCAAGCUGUUCCUCAAGAGCUUCGCCUACAUCGUGACGCUGGGCAUGGUGGUGGCCUACAUGGCUGGGCUCAACAUGUCGUGGACGGCCAUCACCACCGCCAUCGCGCUGGUCGUCGUCGACUUCCGGGACGCCGAGCCGUGCCUCGUCAAGGUCUCCUACUCGCUGCUCGUCUUCUUCUCCGGCAUGUUCAUCACGGUGAGCGGGUUCAACAAGACGGGGCUGCCGGGCGCCAUCUGGAACUUCAUGGCGCCCUACUCCAAGGUGGACAGCGCCGGCGGCAUCUCCGUGCUCUCCGUCAUCAUCCUCCUCCUCUCCAACCUCGCCUCCAACGUACCAACAGGUAUACAUAUGCAUGCAUGGAUUUUGUACAACAAAUAUGUACAGAAAAAAUAA